UUCGAGGUGGGUGUGAGUUGUUUGGUCUGUUGAUGAACGAUUCACAAAUUGCACCUGAAUGACCGAGGGUUUCGGCUUUCUGCUCUUUCCGUGUCUACUUUGGCCUUUACCGCAAAGGGCCUUCAUUCGCUAGACUGGCGUCUGGUGGGAUGCUAUCAAACACGGCCCAAGUUCUGGACAAGGAGGGACGCAGAAAGGGCAAACAAUAGACGGAGAGUUCCCUCGCCGGAUGGAAAAAAGGCAAAUUGGCACUUUCCCUACCCCUAUACCCUUCAUUCUCUGCCGGUUUUGUCGCUUUUUCACCUUCGUUAUCACAUCUCUAUGGUUCCCUAGCUUCUGCAGGAUUGACGGAAGGUUGGUUUACUUUGCAGAGUUGUCGCAUAAAGCCAUUUCCGUUUUCUUCACUUUCUUUCCUUGCUUUCCAAAUGCGACACGGAAGACAUGCUUGCAGGGAGGACAUCUGUAUUAUAUAAGCUUGAUGAAUCGCGGAGCUCGUGGCUCCGACAUCAUUUACUACCUACGACUUGUGGUUUUGUUAUCGCUUACCAUGCAACCAUUAUGAACUACUCCGAUUGACAACGCUGAAAAGCAAUCGAGCCUAAGUA